AAACAGGUAAAGAGCAAUUUUUUAUACUUUCUUUGAAAAAUAUUUGAAAAUAUCUAUAGCAUCGAUAUUAAAUAGAGAAAUAUUUACAUUUUUAGGAGCUACAAUCUUUAAAUAUUUUAAAAUGGCAGAUGUAGAUGUAGAUGUUCCCUCGGCAGCACCAGUCGUUGGUAGUUCUAUGGACAUAAAUUUAGCUUUACAAGAAGUUUUAAAGCAAUCAUUAAGGGUUGAUGGACUUGUUCAUGGAAUUCAUCAAGCCUGUAAAGCUCUUGAUAAGAGACAAGCUGUUUUAUGUAUAUUGGCUGAAUCAUUUGAAGAACCAUUGUACAAAAAACUUAUAACAGCUCUAUGCAAUGAGCAUAGAAUUCCAUUAAUUCGUGUAGAUUCACACAAAAAGCUAGGCGAAUGGUCUGGUUUAUGUAAAAUCGACAAAGAAGGUAAACCACGUAAAGUUUGCGGCUGUUCUGUAGUUGUAAUUAAAGAUUACGGUGAAGAAACUCCAGCAUUGGAUGUUGUUAAAGAACACCUUAGGCAGUCAAGCUAAGAAAAUCAUUUUUAAAUAAAAGAAUAAAACAUGUGAAACAAAUUUUUUUAUUUAUAAGCAAUUAUAUAAAGUAAGUGAACAAAGCAUUUUCAGCAAUUUAAUAAAAAGCUUAUUUUACUGCCA